GUGAAAUUGCCUGCCCACCUUCAGCCAAUCAUCAUGGAGCUUUGCACUUCCGUUUGCAGACUUUCUAAAACAGUGACGUCACCGGUUCGUUGGAGAAGGUCAGGGCGUUAUGGACUCCCCUGAGUUUCUGGAGGGGCGGCCUCGGGCUCGCGGUGUGGACCAGGGCUUCACUGAGGCCAUCAACCAGAAGAUGCAAGUGCCUGAGCGACUGAGUGUGGGGGUGGGACCCGGAGACGAGAAACCAGAGAAGCUGGAGGACUUGACGCUGGCCUACAGGAUGCAUGUCCCUGACAGGCUGUCUCUGGCAGAAGCCAUGGACUUGAACCCCAGGCCGUUUUUCUCCACCUCGUUCAAGCACAGUGCCCCCCCCCAUGUGGGUUUGGCAUGGGACGUCCAAUCUGCGGGUUGGGAUCGGUCGACGUCUUCACGAGACCCCCCAGUGAGCCCCCUGCGGAGGUCAUUCAGUGACCAGACCAUUAACUGGAGUCCCCCUGUGACCCCAAGCGCUUCCAAGCAGAUUCUUCAUACACCUCCCAUUUGCAGCACUGGACACCCUCCACAGUGCCCAGGACCUUCUACCAUCCCACCCAGCCUCCUGACCCCGCAGCACAUGCUGCAGGCCGCCAAAGACCUGGGUCGUCUGGCCUCUCGCCGGGUCCUGCAGUCUGUGACCCAGAAGUACAGUGCCAGGUCCAGCUGCCCAGAGAACCCCCCCACUGCCCUGACAGACAUCCCCAGCACCACAGGCCUCAGCCGGAGAAGUACCACAAUGGAAUGGCUGGAGGAUGAUGGCGGGGACAACGUCGAGUUCCUCGUUUUACGGAGACAGGUUCCGGAACCUUCUGGUAUUCCUGGGCCGACAUGGCAGAACGGACGGGGUUUUGGGGUCAGAUGGAGCUCAGGAUGUAAUCAGGACGUCUCACCGGCACCCCCAGGUGGUGAAAAUGAACCGGCGGCUGGCCGCCCUGGAGCGGCAGAACGCGGAGCGUCGGCAGAGCGAGCAGCUGCUGUUCUCCCUGCUGAUUUCCGCCUGUCUGCUCAACGGCUGGCUCUGGCUGCGAAGAUAGCCGCCCACAACUGCGCAACCGCACUCGGGUCGCAGAUACGCACACGCAGACGGCAGAAGAGCGGUAGAUAGCUGGACAGGUAGGACCGAACUCGGCCUGCGACCUCCGUGACUCUGACCCCUGAGCUGGCCGGCAGCACUGUGUCGUCAAGCAGGACCUCAACCCCAACAACUGUGCUCACGAACUGAAACGUGGCCGGGGGGUAAAUAUAUGAAUUUGCUAUGUGUGUAGCAAAUCAAAACAGAGCAAUAUGAGAACUUUUCAACAUCUGGAGGAAAUGCAAGUUUAUCGCAUGCGGCUUUACGUUACGUUACUGGUAGUUGCUGUAGUUGGAUAUUUAAAAUGCGUUUUUAGCGUCUCAUACUCCUGUAAAGACUGAUUUAAUUUCGUCACCAUUCUGAUGCAUGCACUGUUACUAGUAAUUAACACGAUUAGCUUGCUGUUAAUUUACCAAUAAAUAAAGGUACUUGUUCGAA